UCCUUGCGGGUCCCGGAACACGCAACACCCUCGCUCACUCCACCCUAACCACACCCGCCUGUUUCCUAUCCAUCCCUCCACCAACACCACCACACCUCCCACCGCAUCGCCUCGAUACACUCUUGGAAACUUGGACAACGGUGCUGCCAUUGCCAUCCUCUCUCCGCCGCCCACACACGAGAAACACUCCCCCUUCCUCCCUCCUACCCACCCAUCCACAUACGAGGGCCGUCUACAGCGAAACAGCCUCGCAUCGUGCCGAGCAAAGAAGGGUUCGACGCCCUGGCUGGCGCCCGGUAGCCCAUGCUUCCGCUGCAUGCGCCGACGAAGAAGAUGAAUCGGCAUGGCUACAGCGGCAGCUUCGACAGCAACCAUGGCGGCGCCCACCGCGAGAAGACUCCCACCAGUCCCGCCCCGUACAUGCGCUCCACUUCCAUGGGCGAGAGUGGCAGUUUUAAUAUCAGCACAGACAAGUGGGAUGACAAAUACCGUCCGCGGUCCGGACGAAUACACAGUCGACGCGGCACCCUCACAAGAUUCGGCGCCCUAUUAACAGGCAUCCUCCUCAUCCUCAUGUACUUCUUCCCCUCCUUCCGCCCCACCGGCGUCACCUCCUUCCUCUUUCCCCCGGGCGAAGAAUUCAACAUCGAAACCGUCCGCUACUACGACCUCAGCAAUGUCGGCGGCACCUCUCGCGGCUGGGAGAGGGAAGAGCGCAUCCUCCUCUGCGCACCACUCCGAGACGCCGCUCCCCAUCUCCCCAUGUUCUUCUCGCAUCUCAAAAACCUCACCUACCCCCACAACCUCAUCGACCUCGCCUUCCUCGUCGGCGACAGCAAAGACAACACCGCCGACCUGCUCUCCGACCUUCUCGCCGAGCUGCAGAGCGCGCCCAGCCCCAAGGACUGGUUUGGCGAGAUUAGCGUGCUCGAGAAGGACUUUGGACAGGUGAUUGCUCAGGAUGUGGAAUCGCGGCAUGGCUUUGCGGCGCAGGCGGGUCGGAGGAAGAGCAUGGCGCAGGCGCGCAAUUGGCUGCUGAGUGCGGCUCUUCGGCCGACGCAUAGUUGGGUCUACUGGAGAGACGUGGAUGUCGAGACCGCGCCAUUCACCAUUUUGGAGGACCUGAUGAGGCAUAAUAAGGAUGUCAUUGUGCCGAACGUAUGGCGGCCCCUUCCCGAAUGGCUGGGCGGCGAACAACCCUACGACCUGAACAGCUGGCAAGAGAGCGAGACCGCCCUCGCCCUCGCCGAGACGCUAGACGAAGAUGCCGUGAUCGUGGAGGGCUACGCGGAGUACGCCACAUGGCGCCCGCAUCUCGCCUACCUGCGCGAUCCCUACGGCGACCCAGACAUGGAAAUGGAAAUCGACGGCGUAGGCGGCGUGAGUAUCCUCGCCAAAGCGCGCGUCUUCCGGAGCGGCGUGCACUUUCCUGCCUUUAGCUUUGAAAAGCACGCCGAGACGGAAGGGUUUGGAAAGAUGGCCAAACGCAUGCAAUUCUCCGUCGUCGGCCUGCCGCACUACACCAUCUGGCACUUAUACGAGCCCAGCUUCGAGGACAUCCGCCACAUGGAAGAAAUGGAAAAGGAGCGCCGGCGGCGCGAAGAAGAAGAGCGCAGGCGGAAAGAAGAGCUGGACAAAAUCUCGCAGACCUUCGACGUCGACGCCAAGCAGCAGUUCGAAAAGGACAAGGAAGCCAUGCGCGAGGCGAGCAGGCAGGGCGAGAAGCAGGCGCAACAGGAGCAGCAGAAGCAGCAGGAAGCGCGGGAGCAGAUUAAAGCCGGGAUCAAAGACAGCGCAGCGGGCUUCAAAAAGGACGAGCAAGGCCGCAUGCACCUCGCCGAUCCGCUGGGCGAGGCGCGCCAACUUGGUGGUGGUGGUGGCGGUAGUGGUGCCGCCCAAGCGGCCAAAGACGCGGCGUCUUCGAAGGAGAGGAUGGAGGCUGAUCGCGAGGCCAUCUUGAAGGCCAAGAAGGUCGAGGCGGGCAUUGCGCUCGCUCAUCAAGUGCAAGCCGCCGCUGCUGCGGGCGAAGCGGCGCGUGUGGCCAACGUAGAGGCUGCCGAUGCCAAGGCGGCGGAAGAAAAGGCCGUCGAAGCCAAGGCGGCGGAAGUGCUCGCUGCGGAAGCAAAGGCCGCGGAGCAGAAGGCUGCCGCCGACCUCAGGGCUGCAGAGCACAAGGCCGCCGACCUCAGGGUUGCGGAAGUGAAGGCUGCCGAAGCAAAGGCUGCAGAGCACAAGGCUGCCGAUCUCAGGGUUGCGGAAGCGAAGGCUGCGGAGCUCCAGGCGGCCGAGCACAAAGCUGCGGAACAGAGGGCCGCGGAGCUCAAGGCUGCUGCUGCGCCGCUUGCUCCUCCUAAGGCGGAGGAUGAAGAUGUCGAGCACGAUCCGCGGAAGUUGGAGGCUUGAUAUCAUUUUUACCUUUUGUAUUUUGCAUAGCGGGUUCGUCGGCCUUUUACGUGUCGUCUUCUUUUCAUGUGGGCGUUGGUAAUGUGGUGCAAUAGAGAGGAGGGAUCGCAGCUUGUACGAUUGAUUUAUGCAGCUCGUUUGUCGCUGCAGUCUGUCGAGAGCCGAGUACAAAGGGUGAUGCACCGUGACAUCCGCGUCUUACAUCACGUUUCCGAUCGAUAACGACACCGCAAGACUGUCAUGACAAGUGAUAUACCGGACUAAACAACACUACUCUCGUCCUCCUACCCAAACUAUCAAGAAGCCAACAACUCCACAUCC